AUAAGUACGUCAAUCCAUCAUUAAUUUUUAUCUAACAAAAUUUGACGUUCUGUCGCUCUUUCAGCUCAUCGAUUUCUGGCAGUUAACUCGAAAUGGGGCUUUUAAUAUCAAACUUAUUAAGUAAAUUGAUAGACCCAAAGCAAGUUCGGAUUCUAAUGGUCGGUUUAGAUGCAGCAGGCAAGACAACUAUCCUCUACAAACUGAAACUUGGAGAAGUAGUCAACACAAUUCCAACAAUAGGGUUCAAUGUGGAAACGGUCACGUAUAAGAAUGUUUGCUUCACCGUUUGGGACGUUGGAGGGCAAGACAAAAUACGUCCAUUAUGGCGACACUACUUCCAAAACACCCAAGGGUUGAUAUUUGUGGUGGAUUCAAACGACCGCUAUCGCAUUGGUGAAGCUAAAAAGGAGUUGGAUUGUCUUCUAUCUGAAAGUGAACUGAAAAAUUCUUUAUUGCUGGUGUUCGCCAAUAAGCAAGAUUUGGCAGAUGCUAUGACACCUUCAGAAUUGGCUGAAAAACUUGGUUUACAUAAUUUAAGAAGGAAAUGGUAUAUACAGGCCACUUGCGCAACUGAAGGAUAUGGAUUAUUUGAAGGACUCGAUUGGGUGUCAAAGGAACUUUCGAACAAGUGAUGUUAUAUGUCGUCUAGUUCAGCAGAAUAAACAACUGUUUCUUUACUUUUUAUUAAUAUUGGAUUACUUGGAGAAUUAAUGAA